AUGAUACUAUAUUAUUUAUUUAUCUUCUUUUCUUUUCUUUGUUUUUUUUCAUUUGGGAUUAUUCCUCCUGAGAAUGAACUUCUUGCUUUAAAUAAUAUUGUACAAAAGUUUAAUCUUUCAAUUGGUAAUCAACCAAACCCUGAUUAUUGUUCAAUUUUUAUCUGUAGUCAAACAAAUGGAUCACUUAUAGAUACUCUUUAUUUAUUAGCUAAUUCUAUUGAAUACACACCAAUUGGUGCAAAGAUCGCUGUAUCAGAUUUAAAACAAUUUACAAGUGUUUCUUCAAUAUUUUUAAAUGGAUUUGAAAUUGAAUAUGAAUUUAUUUAUCACAAAUUCGAAAAUUGUCAAACCCUUUAUUAUAUUGAAACUAGGGGAGCAAUGGUGAUAAAUAAAACGUUACCCGAUUAUGCAUCAAUAAAUAUUGAUUGUAAAGGAUUAGAAGGUACAGAAUUUAAACUAUCUUAUAUUAGCUCAAAAACACAUAGUUUCAAUAUAUAUGGAGGGAACGUAAACUUUAUAACUGAUGUUCCAAAGCCAACAUUUUUUCAAAAUUUACGUUUAAAAACAAAAAACAUACCAGAUUUAAAAAAAAUUGUAUUUGAAAAUUUAAUUAUAAAUAUUGAUAAAGAUUUCAAUACCAGUUCAUUAUCAGCGUAUUAUAAUACAAUUGGAGCGAAAUCGACUUCACUAUUAAAUGAUGAUAGAAAUAAUGGACCAAAUUUACCAAGUGAAUUUUUAGGUGAUAGAUGGGUUUCAAAUGAUAAAUAUAGGGACAAUUUAGAUGUGAAUGGUUUUUUAGCUCCAAUUAAUAAUGAGCAAAUUGAUUUAACAGAAUUGAAGUAUUCAUUAUUAGAUUUUAGAAAAGCAGGUCAAUUAUUCAACAUUCAACAAAAUUCAAAAAAUGUAUUCCCAAUUAAAACUGGAAACAGUACAACAUACUUGAAAUUCCAUAAUGGAAAUAUUUCUCAAAUUUACCCACUUUCCCAAUUUGGAAAAGCUUCAUUUAUCUCUGUAGUAAAUUCAAGUAUUACUGGUGAUUUAGGCCCAUAUGAGCCAAAUAAUGGAUUUCCUACAAGACUUUAUGAUUUUACUAAUAAUGCUAUAACUGGAACAAUUGAUCAAUCAUGGUGUAACUCUGUAUUGAUAGUUAAAAACAAUAGGAUGAAUGGUACAAUUCCAUCCUGUUUUACAUGUUAUUUUGAUUUUCCAAUAAUGCUAGUAGAUAAUCCAAGUGCCAGUACUAUUUAUGAAGCAUUUCAAGGAAAUAGCUUUGAUAAUUUAAAUACAAAUAUUAAAUGUACAACUUUUGCUCCACAAAUUGAAAAAAUUCGAGAUAAGGCUCUACAUAUUUUUGGUAAUGAUAUUGGUUUCGAUAGUACUUUCUAUAAAAUAGAUGAUAUUGGAAUAUGUAGUUCCUAUAAUACUAUCGAAUUUGGUAAAAGCUAUGAAUGUAUAAGUAAUAAUUAUUCAUUUAAAGAUUUAAAAUAUAUUAAAUUUAAUUUUAAAUAUCCAUUUGAUAAGGAUUAUUAUUUCCCAUUAAUUAAAAGAUCACCAAUUAUUAGCUCUGUACAUUUUUUAAAUAAUAACAAUUUACAAGUAAAUGGUUCUUAUUUUUCAAGUUAUUUAGGUCAUGUUUCUCAAACUAUUACUAUUUCAAAUUUAAUAUUUGAAAUUUUAGAUUCAAGUGAUUUCUUUACAAUUCAAGCAACUCCAAUUCAAACAAUUCCAAUUGAAAAACUUGAAUACCCUGAAAAUACAAAUACUUUUGAUUUAUUAACUUUAAAUACAAAUUCAAAGAUUACAAGAGUUUACAUUAAUCCAUCUUCAAUUAAUGAUAAAAUAUGUAAAAAUGAUUGUACUGAUAAUGAUCAUGGUAUUUGUAAUUUAUAUUUAGGUGUUUGUGUUUGUUUAAAUGAUUUUAUUGGUGAUGAUUGUUCGAAUUCAAAAUUUUUCAUUACAUCAGUUCAACCAUCAACAACAAAUGGUGGUGAAGCUAUUUUCUUUGGUUCAUUUUUAGAAUCAAUCAAUACUAUUUCAUUAACAAUUGGUGGAAUAGAUUGUCCAAUUACAUUCAAUUCAUCAGAUACAAUUAAAUGUACAGCACAACCUGGUAAUGGUAUUAAAACUGUAAUUUUAAAACAAAAUGAUAAAAUAUUCACUGGUAUUGGCAUUUAUAAAUAUAUUGAAUUAUCAAUACCAUGUCCAAAUAAAUGUUCAAAUAAUGGUAUUUGUAAUUCAACAACUGGAAUUUGUAAAUGUAAUAAUGGAUAUACUUUAUAUGAUUGUAGCGCAUUAUUAAAUACAGAUAAUGGUUCAGGUGGUAAUAAUAACAAUGGCGGUACAAAUACAACAAUUGACCCAGGUACAGGUUCAACAAAUAUUACAGAUUCUCAAACUCACUUUCAAAUUUAUUUAAAAUCAUUAAUUGAAGUAGAUAUUAAUAAUAAUGAAGUUAAAUCUUAUUCAUUAUUAAAGAAUUGGAUAUUUAAUAAAACUGAAAAUGAAAUUGAACCAAAUAAAUAUAUAUUAAAACAACAAUUAGUAAAUAAUACUGCUCCAAAUUCAAAUGGAUGUAUAAUUACAUCAACAAUUGAAGAAAUUAAAGAUAAAAAUGGUAAAGAAUUUACAUUUGCGGGUACAUCAUUCGUUGUUUCAAGUGGUUCAAUUAAAUUUACAAUUUCAAUUGCAAAUUAUACAUAUCAAAGUAAUUUAAAUACUUUAAAAUUAGAAUUAAUGUCAUCAGUUGAUAAAAUCGAUAAAAUUAAUAAUUGUAAUUCAAAAGACACAGAAAUCGAUACAACCAAUGUAAAUGAUAUAUCAACAUUUAAUUAUAUCAAAAUUUCAAAAAAUAAUAAAAUUUUCUCUGGUAGAUUCAUAAAUAAAGUAUUAUCUGAUGGAAGAUCAACAUUUUUUACAACAAGCGCAAGAAACGAUUCAAAUUCAAUUAUUGUAUCAUUAAAUUUACCACAUUGUAUAAACGAAUGUUUAAUUGAUCCAGAUUUUUCAGUUUUACUUUCAAAUGAUUUCAAAUCUGAAUGUGGUGAUUCAUCUCGAAAAUGGUUUUUACCUGUUGUUAUAGUUGUACCUGUUUUGGGCGCAACUAUACUUUUUAUAGUUUUCUUUAUACUCUAUAAGAAAAGUACUACACUUAAAAUUAUGUUGCACGCUGCAAAAUUAAAAAAAUUAAAUACCAAUAAAUAA